AUGGCGGACGUUAACCCACACAUUGCACAAACCCUGCUGCAUCGCGCCUUCUCUCCUUCGACUGCAGAAUCACACUACCACGAGCGCGUCCUGAAGCGGCCUCUCCACAUUCGCGCAACCUCCCCUACAUCUUCUGCACGUGCAGUCCGCCGCCGCGCCAUCAAUGAACGCAAGGAGACUGCACGGAAGCGCAGCAAGAACAAGCCGCGUCCGUUAUCCGCUGCGAAAAAGCGUGCACUCUGUCUUAACGAGAUCCCCAAAGAGCAACAGAAGUACGCAAUCUAUGAAGGACUACACAAAUUGUGGGUUGGCUAUAUGAGGGAAGUGCUAGGGUUGAACGAUGCUGCGAGGAGCGUCCUUGUCACGCCCAAUGCGAGUGGACAACUGCUUGCGACUGCCGACAUGCACGGUGCGCUCGUGACUGUGGUAAGGAGCCGAUGCGUGAGUCGCGUAGGCUUGGAGGGCAUCAUUGUUCGUGACACGAGGUUUACUUUCGAGAUCAUCACCAAGAACAACACUGUGAAAUCUAUCCCAAAGGAGCACACCAUCCUCCGGUUCGAGGUACCGCUUCCUGACGAAAAUGGAACGAUGGCCACGAAGCCACUCGUACUUGAGCUCAACGCCGAGCAGUUUCAGACAAGAGCGGCUGAUCGCGCAAAUAAGAAGUUCAGGAUGCACUAUCAGCCCGACAUAUGA